CUAGAUCCGCGCCUUAAUGCUUUGAUGAAAGGUAUUGUAAAACUGGACAUCUAUAUACUGUAGACCGGGUUUUGCAGCCGCCGAGGUGAAUUUGUUCAUCUUCCGCCAAUUGACACGAGAAGAUAGUCGUUCUUCAGAGGGUACUGGAAUAAGAUUCUCACAUUUGACCAUUGGUCCGACGGGAUAGGAAAAGUGGCCGACUCUGAAGUGAACCAUGAACUUUGACGAGAUUCUGGAGAAGUUGGGGGAGUUCGGGCGCUACCAGAAGAUCGUGUAUUUCCUGGCGGUGUGCCUGCCCUCGGUCAGUGGUGGGGCGUUCAUGGUGAUCUCGGUGUUCCUCUUGGGGGUUCCCGAUCACAGGUGUGCCUUGCCGGCACUUGAAAACGAUACAUACGAAAUUCAAAAUGAAGCGCACAGAUCACUAGUGGAAAUAUAUAUUCCGAAUACCGAUCCCGAUGAUGAAACGCUUUUAUAUGAUCGCUGUAAUUACUUUGUGUAUACCAAUGAUACAGUCACAAAUUUUACCAAGGAUUCAAAACAGAAAUCAAAGUGUUCAGAGUGGGUGUAUAGUGACGACAUACACGGCAAAACUUUUGCAACAAAGAUGAAUAUCGUGUGCGAAGAUCGGUUCCGAAUAUCGUUGGCAAAGUCCAUGUUUUUCGUUGGGGUUUUAUUUGGAGCCUUUGGGUUUGGCAAUCUCUCGGACGCAAUUGGUCGCAAGAAGACGCUGUGCAGCGCAGCCAUAUUGAUGAUGGUUUCAUCUAUCGGACUGUCUUGGGCUUCUAGCUAUGUCGCUUAUGUCCUUAUCCGGUUCUGCAUGGGAGCUUCCUAUGGGGGCACAAGUUGUGGAUUCAUUAUAGGGAUGGAAAUGGUGGGUCCCCGGAAGCGAGUGUACGCUGGGAUAGUGACUAAUUACUUCUUCGCCUUCGGCUUCAUCCUGUUGGGAGGGAUAGCCUAUGUUCUGCGGGACUGGUUUUGGAUCGAACUGUGUCUUUCAAUUCCGACAGUUUUUUACCUGUCAUAUUGGUGGAUAAUACCUGAGUCUCCAAGGUGGCUGUUAAGGAAAGGAAGACUAGAGGAAGCGGAAAUGAUAUUACGUAGGGCAGCCGAGGUCAAUAAGGUUUUACUUCCGGAGAAGUUAUUUGACGAAGAAGCACAGAACACACCAUCAACAGUACGAAUAUGGAGUCUGUUCUCCUCGAAAACUCUUCUCACGAGAACCUUGAUCCUCUUCUUUAAUUGGAUGGUCGUCAGCAUGACCUACUACGGUCUGUCCCUCAACACGGGGAACCUGGCCGGGGAUUUCUACCUCAACUACUUCCUGACCGCUGUAAUGGACUUCCCCGCAUACACGCUGUGUCUGAUGCUGAUGGACCGCUGGGGACGGAAGAAGUGUCACUGUUCCGCCAUGAUAUUGGGCGGGAUCGCAUGUCUGAGCACCAUAUUAACAACCACUUUUGGAGGGAAGGAUCUACAGUGGCUGACGACGACACUAGCGAUGAUAGGAAAACUAGGAUCCGCCGCUGCUUUCGCUGUGAUUUACGUGUUUUCUGCUGAACUUUAUCCAACAGUUGUAAGGAACGCUGGAAUGGGGGCCAGUUCCUGCUGCGCGCGCAUUGGUGGAAUUCUUGCCCCUUACGUUGCCGAUUCGGGCGUGCUGAUCGGUGGACAGUUCGGUAAGGCGGUGCCUUUGGUCAUUAUCGGCGCCGCGUCGGUGGUGGCGGGACUGAUGUCACUCAAAUUACCGGAGACCCUCAAUACCAGAAUGCCAGACACAAUAGCAGAUGGAAUUUCCUUUGGAACAACGGAAUAUAACAAAAUGGCCGAUGUGACUCUUUCAGUUGAGCCGCCUUCUAAAGAGAAUAUCACUUCAAAACUAUAAUAAGGGACUCUUGUACGUCUGCCAACAUAAUGCAUAUACAUGUUUAGAUAAAGACACUUUUCUUCCUUUGAAAACAUGAUGCAAAGUUUGCAAUAAACCCAGGCUAAUUGCUAUGGAUCAGAAUAGUUCGGAAUUAUACGAAAAUUCAGCAACACUGUUUACAAUUCUAAAACUUACGAAUGAAAGUAUACCAAUACAUGUAUUAUAAAAGUACAAACUCAUGUCAAUGUCAAGAGAAAAGCAGUCUUAAGUGUUAGUUAACAGUUUAUGGCUUUUUGGAAAAUAUGAAGAAAUGAUUAAAGUUAGCUUCCAGAUAGGGCAUUUGAAUGAACAGGAAAUUGUUAUUGUAUUUCGGGUCUUUUUUUCCCAGUUUAAAACAACCAGUAAUUAAGAAAGAUGUCGUAACAAUAUACUAAAACAAAACAAAAAAUGAUCACAAUAUUCCACAUAAUUAUUCUAAUGUGUAUCAAUUUAAAAGAAUAUUAUAGAUUAUAUUCGUAAUGCUAAUUUUAUUUUGUAUUGUCUUAAUAUUAUACACAUUGUCUUAAAUCAUUAUAACUCGUCUUUAUAUCAUAUGUAAAGCAAUAAAAAUAAAUGA